AUGGGAGUUAGAGGGAGCUCAGUGUUAGCAAUGUUGGUGCUUGGCGGCAUCUCAGCUGAAACUGAAACUGAAGGCAUAUUAGGAACAACACCAACUCCAUUUGAAUACGGUGAUAAUAAGGCAAUUGGAUUGAAAUGUGGCAGGUAUGUGUCACGCAUUGGGCCAAAGGAAUCGCCAUCACAAGCCUGCUGCCAAUCCCUGGAAGAAUUCACAUCACUGAAUAUGUACUUUUGCAUCUCUUUCCCUUUGCAGGUUAGAUUGCAUGUGGAGGUGCCAUCAUUGGUAUGUGAGGAUUGUUACAAGAGGGUCAUAGCAGAGUUUAUGAAGCAAGCAAAGAUCCCUGGAUUUCGCCCUGGAAAGAAAGUUCCAGAAAGCAUUCUUAUUAGUUACGUUGGGAGUCAAAAUGUUCAGAAGGCUACUAUUGAAUCUAUAUUGAGGAGGACACUCUCACAUGCUAUGACAUCGGUUACUGGAAGGGCUUUGCAGGAAUCAGUACGAAUAGUGACUAAGUUUUCUGAGAUGGAGGAGACAUAUUCUUCUCUUGGGUCUCUUGGAUAUGAUGUCCUUGUUGAUAUUGCACCAGAAAUCAAAUGGAUUCCCGAUAAUAAUGCAUACAAAAAUUUAAAGAUUGUUGUUGAGAUGGAUAGUGAUAUAGAUGCUCACACAGCAUCUGAACAAGAAUUUAGAAGGCGUUAUAAAUCCAUUGGUGCUCUGAAAGUGGUUACUGACAGGGCUACAGGUGACUAA